AUGUCCUCCAAACGCUCCCGCGACGCCGACGAUGCCACCAGCCAGGCGCCCAAGAAACAGAAGAAGAAAGGCUUCUCAGUCGGACCGGACAAUUUGCCCGAUGGCACAUAUCGUCGAAAGACACAAAAAAUCAAAAACGACUUGAUCCAAAAAGCCAAAGUGAAAAAGGCCUAUGCAAAAAUCAAAGCAGCAGAAGAGGAAUCCACGCCCGCACGGUCGAGUUAUUAUAGCUAUGCCGACGAGCCGAGUGCAAGAAACGAUAAUGACGAUGGUGCAGCCAACGAUUCAGCGCAGCCCGCCGCUGCCAGCUUGGAACUGCAUCCCGAUCGUAUUGCCAUGCUGAAUACCGAGGAGCCUGCAGAAACAGACAACAACAACAACAACAAUACCACAAGAAGAAGAGGAAGGGAUAGGGAUGGCGCCAACCAGACCGAACUGCAUGGUCGUCGAAAGCGGCGGCCGAAGCCCUCGGCGUUUGCCAAGGAAAUCGACAUUGCCGAAAAGCGCAGACAGGCCGCAGAAGCCCGUCAGAAAGAGAGGGAAUUAAAGGCCAAAGAACGCGAAGUGAUGGUUAGGGCAAAGAAGCCCGACCAGUUUGGCAAUCGAAGGCUUGGACGAGAGAGCAAGGCGCUCUUGAGCAAGGUUCAACGAAUCGUUGGACAGUAG